AUGGCUCCUGCCGUGACCGAUAGGCCAAAGACGUUCUUCGUAUCCAAAAAUAAAUGGGAAUGCAACCACGAGGGCCCUGAGAUGCCAACAGACAUUGAAAAAGAGACAGCAGUUGAUGGGGAAGGUGAGGCGCCUGUUACUCUUGUAAAUGAAUGUCGAGCUCUGAAAAACGAAACCAUCAUCGACGGGAAAGUGUUCUAUAUAUCCAAGAAUAAGUGGGAGUGCGGCCAUGAGGGUGAUGAGACUCGAACGGAUAUUGAGAAAGAUCCCUUGGAUAUCCAAUCAAAUAAACCUUCCGUCCUCAUCAGCGAGGGGAGAGGCAUCUGCCCUACAUGCAUGGACAGGUGGCAUAGGUUGGAAACUGGGGAUGUGGAUAGAGGAGCCGAGCAUGAUAGUCCCGCUUCUGUCCCUAGCAGGCCCCCAUCGUACGACGAAACUUUAGAGGCCGACAUCCAAUAUGAUGGCCAGAAUGGUGACGAGGAAGAGGCAGAUCGUUUGGUUGCCCACGUCGGGUUGUUGGAUCUAGAUGAUGACCUAACUUAA